AUGGUUUUAGAAAGAAAAAAAAAACGAGUUUCUUGUCCCUGUUUGGUGCCCCUCUUCCCCAUUUUAUCGUUUAUUUCCGAUCCUCUGCUGCUAGGGCAGUGUGUUAAAAGCGGACGGCGGACGAGAUCGGCGGCGAGGGGGAGAGGAUUUGUAGCACUGGAUAAGUUGGCGUAGGUAUUUGAGGUGAUAGAGUUUAUUGGUUUAAGGUAUUGGUCCAGGAGCUUGCGGUGCCGCAGGGACAGUUCACGGCCGUUACCGAAGUGGCAUCGGCUGGUAGGUAUAAUUUGCAGGGAAUGGAACGGAGGGGUCGAGUUAUUCGAUACACCGACCUAGAAACGAAUUGGCUUUGAGAUUUUUUUGUAGCGCAGUUGGAUAGCUUCGCAUCAAAGAUCUGGACCUCGUCGGAUUGAAGCUGUACGGUUGUUGGUAUAUCGAGGAUGGAGCAGUUGAAGACGAUCGGGAGGGAGCUCGCAAUGGGCUCGCAGGGAGGCUGGGGCCAGUCUAAGGAGUUCCUGGACCUAGUGAAGUCCAUUGGCGAGGCACGCUCGAAGGCAGAAGAGGACCGUAUCGUCCUCCGUGAGAUCGAGACCUUAAAACGCCGGAUAGCGGAACCGGACGUUACUCGCCGCAAGAUGAAGGAGUACAUAAUACGCCUGGUCUAUGUCGAGAUGCUCGGUCAUGAUGCUUCCUUUGGUUAUAUUCACGCUGUGAAGAUGACUCAUGAUGACAACAUUUCCCAUAAAAGAACUGGUUAUCUUGCCGUCACGCUCUUCUUAAAUGAGGAUCAUGAUCUCAUCAUCCUCAUCGUGAACACCAUACAGAAGGAUUUGAGGUCUGACAACUAUUUGGUGGUUUGCGCAGCCCUGACUGCGGUUUGUAAACUCAUCAACGAAGAGACCAUCCCAGCCGUGUUGCCGCAGGUAGUGGAGCUUCUUGGCCAUUCCAAGGAGGCUGUAAGGAAGAAGGCAAUCAUGGCGCUUCACAGAUUCUACCAGCGUGCACCAGCUUCGGUAGCUCAUCUCCUCCAACAUUUCAGGAAGAGGCUUUCUGAUAAUGAUCCUGGAGUCAUGGGUGCAGCAUUGUGUCCCCUCUUUGAUCUUAUCACCGCUGAUGUAAACUCAUACAAGGACCUGGUUGUCAGUUUUGUUAGCAUUAUCAAACAAGUGGCUGAAAGAAGACUUCCAAAAGCAUAUGAUUACCAUCAAACACCUGCUCCAUUCAUCCAGGUGAAGUUGUUAAAAAUUCUCGCGUUGCUUGGUAGUGGGGAUAAGCAAGCUAGUGGACACAUGUACACUGUACUUGGUGACAUAAUUAGGAAGAUUGAAACAUCAAGCAACAUUGGAAACGCUGUGCUGUAUGAAUGCAUUUGCUGUAUUUCAUCCAUCCAUCCAAAUACAAAGUUACUGGAUGCUGCUAUUGAAGCAACUUCAAAAUUUUUGAAGAGUGAUAGUCAUAAUCUCAAAUAUAUGGGAAUUGAUGCUCUCGGUCGGCUUAUUAAAAUAAACCCAAACAUUGCAGAGGAACAUCAGUUGGCAGUUAUUGAUUGCUUGGAGGAUCCUGAUGACACAUUGAAGCGGAAGACUUUUGAGUUACUUUAUAAGAUGACAAAGUCCACCAAUGUUGAAGUUAUUGUUGAUCGGAUGAUUGAUUACAUGAUUAGCAUCAAUGAUAACCAUUAUAAAACUGAAAUAGCUUCACGUUGUGUUGAGCUUGCUGAACAAUUUGCUCCGAGCAACCAGUGGUUUAUCCAGACUAUGAAUAGGGUCUUUGAGCAUGCAGGUGAUCUUGUAAAUGUAAAAGUGGCACACAACCUAAUGAGGCUUAUUGCUGAAGGGUUUGGAGAAGAUGAUGAAGGUGCCGAUAGCCAAUUAAGAUCAUCAGCUGUUACCUCAUAUUUGGGUAUACUUGGCGAGCCAAAACUUCCAUCUUUAUUCCUACAAGUCAUAUGCUGGGUACUGGGGGAGUAUGGUACUGCUGAUGGCAGUUACUCAGCAUCUUAUACGAUUGGAAAGUUAUGUGACGUAAUAGAGGCCCAUCCAAAUGACAUCACUGUAAAGGCUUAUGCAAUAACGGGUAUCAUGAAAAUCUGUGCAUUUGAAGCUGCUGCUGGGAGGAAAUUGGAAAUGUUGCCCGAGUGUCAUUCUCUAAUUGAAGAACUACAAGCAUCCCAUUCAACUGACCUGCAACAGCGUGCAUAUGAGCUACAAGCUUUAUUGAGUUUGGAUACUCGUGCUGUUGAACAUGCAUUGCCUUUUGAUGCGAGCUGCGAAGAUAUUGAGGUUGAUAAAAAUUUGUCAUUUCUCAACAGUUUUGUGCAACAAUCCAUUGAGAAAGGUUCACAGCCCUACAUUCCUGAAAGUGAAAGGUCUGGUUUCUCAGAUGUUGGCACUUUCAAAAACUUUAACCAGCAUGAACAUGCUGGCCACGGUCUUAGAUUUGAAGCAUAUGAACUUCCAAAACCAUUACCUCCAGUAAUCGUAUCUCCUGUCCCACGUCCGCCACAAAUCACCAAUACCAUUCCAGUUUCCGAGGCUUCAUAUCCACGAGAAAUUAACAAAAAUCCCAAUCCGUCAGCAAACUCCGAAAUUAAACUUCGCCUUGGUGGAGUGCCAACUAAGUGGGGCAAGUCUACAUAUUCUCCAACUCCUUCAUCUUCUGCUUCUGGUACCAAUAAUAAAACAGCAAAUGGAGUCACACAUUCUGAUGUCUCCAUUACCGAAACCUCACAAGCAAGAGAUUUGUCAUACAAUCACAGGAGGCAACAAGUUGAAAUAUCAUCUGAGAAACAGAGAUUAGCUGCUUCUCUUUUCGGCAAAUCAUCAAAAUCUGAAAAGAAAGUUCCAACCACCCACAAGUCAUCAUCCAGAGCUAAUUUUCCAAAUGAUGAGAAACCAUCUGCAAAACCUCCUUCAACCGAAGCUCCCAAGGAGAUCUCUGGUUCUACACCUCCGCCGGCUCCUGAUUUGCUCGAUUUCACUGAUUCUUCUCCUUCAAUCCCCCCAUCUGAAGAUCCAUUCAAGCAGCUGGAAGAACUCGUUGGACCUGUUGCCGUUCCAGAGUCACAAGAUAUUAUGGGAUUAUAUGGUCUGAGCACCAGUUCUGUAACUCCAGCUAUUAAGAACUCCGAAGAAGCUAACACUGUGGUGGCAAACAAGAAAGGUCCAAAUAUCAGAGAUGCUUUGGAGAAGGAUUUUGUUGCACGGCAGGUUGGCGUGACGCCUACAGGUAAUAAUCCAAAUUUAUUCAGGGACCUGCUGGGCUGAAAGAAUAAUUUCAACUUCUAUGAUUCCGAUUAGUCGGCCAGUUUACACAAACCUGUAAUUAGAUUAGAAUCCCAUGCAUAGGAAGUUUGUGUUUUUGAAAUUUUGGCGGAUUCUAUUGCGAAGAGGUUUGUAGAUUUAAUUUUUUUUGUUUGGUGGAAGAACUUAGAAAGGUGGUGCUAAGUGCAAGAAUUAGGAGUAAUUAUUUGUGCGGCCAUGGGUGAUUACAGUUAUUGUUUAUUUCUGUACAUGGCGGAAGUGUAAUGGUUGAACAGGGUUUUAUAUUCAUUGUGUGGGAGUUGGGGGAAGGAUGGGCUGUUUAUGUGAGCCCCAACGUUCUGUAAUAAAGUCAUGUAUUUUUCAUAAAUAUAUCUUGUUCAUUUUCA